UUCUUGAUAGGUAAUAUUACCAUUUUAAUAUAAUAGCUUUAAAGAACCAGAGCCUUAUACAUUGUGAUGUGAGAGACAGUACAUACUGUAUAUAGCUUUAGAGUCAUGAUCCCAUAAUUCAGAGAGGCUGGGAGCUUGGAGACUAGACACACUACUUUUAACACAGAUGCAGUUAACGUAUGUAAUGGCAGAGCGUAAGAACAAAUGAAUUCUGCUAUAUCAGGCCAAAGGCCCAUCUAGUCCAUCAUUCUCACAAAGGAGUACCUGAGUGCAAAAGCACUCUCACUUGUGACUGCCAGCAACUGCUAUUCAGUUGGCACUGCCGCUGGACAGUGGAGACAAACCUAUCCAUUGCACCUACUAGCCACUGAUGGUCUUCCCCAUGAAUUGGUCUGAUCUUUUAAAGCCAUCCAAAUUGGUGGCCAUCACUACCACAUGGAGCAAAUUCCAUAGUUCAACUAUGUGCUGUGUGAAUAAGUACUUUCUUUUGUCUGUCCUGAAUCUUUCAACAUUCGGUUUCCUUGAUUGGCCUCAAUUACAGUGGUACCUCGGGUUACAAACACUUCGGGUUACAGACUCCGCUAAACCGAAACUUAACCUCAGGAUGAGAACAGAAAUUGUACGGCGGCGGCAGCAGCAGGAGGCCCCAUUAGCUAAAGUGGUACCUCAGGUUAAGAACGGACCUCUGGAACGAAUUAAGUACGUAACUAGAGGUACCACUGUAUAAGUAUGUCUAUCCGCUUUCUCCACACAGUCCAUAAUUUUAUACUAUCAUGUCCCCUCUUACCUGGUCUCUAAAAAGCCCCAAAUAUUUUAACCUUUUCUCUUAAGGUACAGUGGUACCUUGGGUUACAUACGCUUCAGGUUACAGACUCCACUAACCCAGAAAUAGUACCUCAGGUUAAAAACUUUGCUUCAGGAUGAGAACAGAAAUCGUGCUCCGGUGGCGCAGUGGCAGCAGGAGGCCCCAUUAGCUAAAGCGGUGCUUCAGGUUAAGAACGGUUUCAGGUUAAGAACGGACCUCCGGAACUAAUUAAGUUCUUAACCUGAGGUACCACUAGAUAGAAUUGUAGAAUUGGAAGGGACCACAAGGGUCAUCUAAUCCAACUCCCUGCAAUGCAGGAAUUGCCCAGCGUGGGGCUUGAGCCCACGACCCUGAGAUUAAGAGUCUCAUGUGCUACAUUCUAUCCCCUUGAUCUUUUGUUGCCCUUUCCCAAACCUUUUCCAGCUCUACAAUAUCCUUUGAGGUGAGAAGAUGUCAGCAGUGUUCCAACCUCAGUCAGUCCAUAGAUUUUUGUAAUGCAUUAAGAUUUGGCGACUUUAUUGUCAGCCGCUUUCCUAAUGACCCCUAGCCUAUGCAUGCACACUCAGAAAGAAAUUCCAUUGAGUUCAAUGGCACUUACUCCCUGGUGCAUGUGCACAGGACUGCAGCCUUUAUUUUCAGAACUACUACGUGACUUUAAAAGAACAAUCUUUUUACUUAACCUACUUAAACACAGUGGGACUUGCUUACAAAUAAAUAUAAGCCUGAACAGCAGGCUAGAGAACCUCAGGCCCAGGGAUUCAGUGAGGCCCCCAUCUCAAGACUACUCUGGCUUUGCCCCUCACCAGCCCUGCUCCACACCGCCUUGGAGUGCUUUGUCUAGCUGGAAUGUGUCCUUGAACUGUGACAGAGUCUCCUGGUUGAAGAGAUUUAUGUAUAUAGAAACCCCUUGAUGUUUAUGCACCUAGAAUGUACUGUAUGUACAAUCCAAACCUUAUCACUUUUGCCUCUGGCCACAUGCAGCCCUGACAGGCUGUCCGUGGAAGGUUGACCCCCCAAAGGAAAUGUGCCCCUUAGCACAAUAUCUCUAUCACUUCCUGUGGCGGAAGUUAUUAGUUUCUAUGCUACCCUUCAUCUGAAGAUCACAGCGGUUUGCAAUAUAGAAACACAAAAAUCCAUGCCAUGAUAAAACAAAAAAUAUCCCACCCCGGUUUAAAAGGCUAUAUAGAUGGUUUAAUUAACUAAAGGCCUAGGAGAAGAUGUUUUUGCCUGGUGCCUAAAUAUAACAUAAUGAAGGUGCCAGGUAAGCUGGGCAGCGGCAGACUUUGGCAACGUGCCACCCUGAACAAGGUCCCCACCCUGAAUAUUUAUUAUUUUCACAAUAAUUCGUUACUUUUUAAUGAAUUAUUCUCAGCAAAUAUGGGUUUAAAUGUAAAUGCGUAUGUAUAAAUAGGGGUUUUGUUGUUGUUUUGCAUCCCUUAAAUCCGGCAUUGUCAAGGGAGAGCGGUCCACAAGCUGGAGCCAACGCCAAAAAGGCCAUUUUUCCGUGCUGCCACCCUCUGGACAACUGGUGGACGAGGCACACCAAGAAGGGCCUCCGAUGAUGAUCGCAGAGUCCGAGUGCGUCGGUUCCUAUUUAAACGUGCAUUGCUAUAUGCUUUAUAUUCUGCUGGCUCAGAAGGCCCAGCCAGUGCAGCGCUGUGUUCUCCCGGCGUCCCAACUGAUGCAAAGGAGCAACUCGCAAGCAGGACGCGAGCGCAAGAGCGCGGUGUGUUUUCCUCCCAUCCCCGGUUCCUCAAGAGGCACACUCGGGAAGAAAGUGCAUCCAAAUCGCCCUGGAAAUCUAAGCGCGCUGGCUUGAGAGAAGAUCCAGAAGCACAGAACAGAGCAGAUUCGGUUUCCAGGCUGUGUCGCCACUUUGGGGGAGCCUACCUUGGGAAAGCCCCUUCCACUCUACCCCGCUCCUCUUCCCAGAAGGCAGCGUGACUCGUUCAGUUGCCAUGAAACUGAAAGCCCCGGCGAGGAAGCGCGAGAGGGGGCGGCUGGCGGGGAAAGAGGAGGCCUGCUCUCGUCUCGGGAAACCGCGAGGCCUUUCCAUGCACCUCCGUCUCCCAAGCGGCUCGGCAGCAGGAAAAAGUUCCCUCCGCCCGGCCGGGCUGCGGGAGGAAGGGGCUCUGCUCCCCGGGAACUGCGCGGAGACGCGCGCGCAGCUGCCUUGGCCAGCCGCCCCGGUAAGUCGGAGGGCGGCGAGGAGGCGAGUGCAGCCGGGGAGUAAGCGCCGUGCAACUUAAUGGCACUUACUUCCGAGUAAACACGGGCGGGUUGGCUGGAGCUCGCGCGCUCGUUCGCCUUUGUCCACUGAAGGCACCCGCGCGUGUAGGGAGGAGAACAAAAGAACAGCCGGGCAUGCGAGGAACGUGCGAAGGGCCGGGACACGUGUACCCCGCCCACCACUCGCACCCGAAGGCAGUCGCCCUCUAACAAAAGCUGCCCGAGGCAUUCCGGCAGGAGAGGGGAGUGGUUCUUCCUGGGCGGGACAAAAUAAAGGAUAUGCAGGCGGCGACCCACACGCGCAAAAGCCCCGCCCUGAGGGAGCUGCCUGGCUCCACCCAGUGGUAGGGCCGGCCCCGCGUGGGCGCCUACGUCAGCCCCGCGCCCCUCCCGGCCCGCCGGGUUUGCUCCCCACGUGCUCCUGAGACGGAGCUCAGCCUUUCCUCCGUUGCUAUUGGCUUGCUUGGAGUCGACUAGAACAGCUGCUUGGGCGCACCCGGAGCGCUGCGUGAGUAAGUGCCUCAGUCUUGGGUUUCUCUCGAGAGGCGCGGGGAGGUUGCGGUGGAGGGACGGAAAGCGGGCGGGAGCUUGUGUGGCCUUUGAAGCCCCCUAGACGAGGACCUGAGAGGGGGCGCCCCAGGUGAGUCAGGGUGGUGCUGUAAUUAGAGAAUGGUCGGGAAUGGGUAUUGUUACCCAGCUAUAUGGCUUGCCUUUUAAUUUAGUGUUCUGUUGCUGCCGGAUGAGCUAGUGUCAGUUUGCUGUGAAUGGUUUACAGCGUUCAUGUCAAUGCAUAGCUGUCAACUUUCGGAUUUGAAAAUAAGGGAUCAGCAGCCUCACCUGUCCGGGGGACAGUCUACGGGAUAUCUAACGGUGCUGGAAUAAGAGAAUUUCCCACCAAAAAAAGGGAAGGUUUACAGCUAUGUGGCAUAGCUAAUUUUGUAUGUUUAGGUAGAAGCAAGCCCUAUAGAACUUGGGUUAUUCCCUCAAAUUGCAUGCAUGUAGUCUAAUCUGACUCAGAAGUAAAAGCCCUUUAGGCUCAGUGGUACCUCCUCCCGGGUAAGUGUACUUAGAUUUUGGUCUGGGCCAGAAACGGUUAAAUAAACUUGUUUCUGACACAGGCGAUUGUUUGCACUGUCCCUCUUUUUCUGUGCAAGGGAACCUGACAGUUCCUCAAAAUGGUGGGCGUGAAGGCACCGUGCUCAAGGAACAAAAGCACUUUAGGAAGUUUGGAGGCUUUUCUGAAAAGAAAGGGAGAUAAAAAGUCACCAUCUUUAUCCACCAUGUCUGUGAGAGAAGUCUGGGCUGCACAGUGGAAUUCUGUACAUGUCUCCUCAGAAGCAAGUCCGGAGUUUAGUGGGACUGAUCCUCAGCAAACUGAAUAUAUCAGAUUGCAGUAAAGGAAUAACCCUUUAUGUGGUGAGGUGGCCCAUAGACAGAUUAAAAUAGUGUUCUAGAACCCUAUGCAGAGAUUUGAUUUCUCUGUAUAAUCUCUGUGGAGCCAUUUGUGUCGUUUGUUGUUGCUUUGUACACCUGAGGUUGGAGUUCUUGGGCUCUGAGAGAAUCUGCUCUUGUCCUGCUUCUCCACAUGGCAGUAAUUGCUUUAUGAAAGUGAAAUGUCAUCUGUGUGGUGAAUAGGCUUGUAUGAUGAGUUCUCUCCCGGUGAUGCAGGAAAUCUUGGGAAAGAUGGCAUUGUGCUAGUAGGCAGGAGGACUUGGAAUAACUUUAUCUUUUUAGCUUUUGUAGACUCGUUUCUCAGUGGGCUCAACAAUGUUAAAAUAUCACAGUGCAAUCCUACUAUAUAUGUAGUAAGUCCCUGGGGCUUGCUGAGGGCGUGUAAAUGGGCACAGAGCUGCAGCCCUAACCUUGGUUUUGUUGAAAAGGGCCCACCUCAGUGUAUAAAAUAACAUAAAUGAAAAAUGCAUUGAGGCAAGCUGUUAAUUAUAUAUAAAGCCGAACAUUCAAACUAGCACAAUCUUCUGGAUCAUGUUAUAAGGUCUGUGCAAUUCACAUGCUGCAUUUUUUUUUCCUUUUUCAAAUCCAAAUGCACUAUAAUUUACUGAAUAUUGCAAAUGGGGCUUCGUGAGAUUCAAAGGGAAUAGGACCAGUGGCAUCAAUUAAAAAACCCCAGAGAGCAAGAAGCCAACGACAUCUGCUGUGAAUGUUUCUUGACAAAUCAGGCUCACGUUGUAGAUGGGGGGAAAUCUCUGAAACCAUUAGGUUGCUGUGUUUUGUGUACACCUAAAUAUGGUAUUUGUACUGGAUUAUAGUCAUUCAGGAAAUAUUAAAGACUUUAUGGCCAUUGGCUGUCUCUGUCUGUGGUUAGCACUUGCAUUUUUUCCAGGAGACAAGAAUCAGUAUUCACUUUUGAUGACAGAAGGGUACAUGGAGGAAUUCAUCUACUUUGGGAAAGCAUAAGCUGUAAAUAAAGCAAGUCCAGAAUAGAUCGUGCUGUAAUGGAAAAUCUGUAAUUUUCUUUAUCAAAUCAUGAGUCUUGUGGUACUGCAUAUAGAUAUGAGGGUUUGGAGUUAGCACACUGAGAUGGGGAAAUAAGGUCCCUGAGUACCAGCGGUUCACACACUCUGAAUCCCUGGGCAGCAAUGUUACUUCGUGUAGGAAAAGGCUAUAUAUACAUCUACUUUUGGUAAACAGACUCUAUAAAUGGAGCUCACUAUCAGUCAAAUAAAUUCAGUGUGUCAUUACCCUCCUCCCUCAAAUAAGGAGCUGUUUGCAGCUCAAAAUGCAUUGGAGCUCUUUAAAGGGUUUCAAUAAAAAGCUAUUUCCUGCUCUUGCUUUGAGUUGUUUUCUCCUACAUUGGUAAAUGAAAGUCUGUGAUCUUAGUAGCAGAUCGUGGCUCUCAUGGGGUGAGGCGUUGCAGGUUAGAUGAGAGCUUCCGGACUCUAGUGAGGCAUCCAGUGUCGUGUAAUAGUUAGAGUGCCGGGCUAGAACCUGUGAGGGACGGGGGUUCAAAUCCCCACUUGGCCAUUAAGCUCAGUGGGUGACCUUGGGCCAGACGCUGCCGCUCAGACUAAGCUAACUCACAAAGCUCCUUGGAGAGAAAGGUGAGAUGGAAAUGCAAAUUAUUAUUUUUUUAAGAGGGGGCGGGUGGCGCUGUGGUCUAAACUGCUGAGCCUCUUGGGCUUGCUGGUCAGAAGGUUCGCAGUUCGAAUCCCGCGACGGGGUGAGCUCCCAUUGCUCUGUCCCAGCUCCUGCCAACCUCGCAGUUUGAAAGCACAACAGCGCAAGUAGAUAAAUAGGUAUUGCUGCGGCAGGAAGGUAAACGGCGUUUCCGUGUACUCUGGUUUCCGUCACGGUGUUCCCUUGCGCCAGAAGCGGUUUAGUCAUGCUGGCCACAUGACCCCGAAAGCUGUCUGUGGACAAACACCGGCUCCCUCAGCCUGAAAGUGAGAUGAGCGCCAUAACCCCAUAGUCGCCUUUGACUGGACUUAACCAUCCAGGAUUCCUUUACCUUUAUCUUUUUACCUUUUACCACUUUUCACCAUAUAGAAAACAGUGCUCAGUAUAAUUCAAUUGUCAGCUGCUUGAGAACAUAGUUGACUUUUUUGUGUGCUUCCAUCCUAUAUUAAAUUUCCAUUUAAUAACUACUUCAGUGUUCUAGAUAUUGGUGAGUGCAUUGCUGUACAGUUGCUGUACAGUUUGGGGAAUCAUAAGAUUUAGUCCAAUAUGUAAAUUCUGCUACACAUUGUCUGCCAUUUGCAGCUUUGCAUUUUAUUACUUUUACCACAUCAUUACUAAUUUACUGUUUAUUGAAACAUGUGCCUUCCUCUGCUUCAGACAGGUUUACUCAUUUUCAUAGAAUACAUUCUACUUCUAAUAAAGACUAGAGAAGUAUCUGUAAAUAAAAUGUUUCCAAGAUGAGCAUUUUAAAAAAGAAAAUUGUGUAAUACCAAUCUCUUGUAUGAAAUGCUUAAGAUAAAGUGAUGAGUUUACAGGAACCUAGAUCCAAAAUCUGGUGGGAGGAACAUUAAAAUCAAGAAAUAAUGGAGAAAAAAAUACUUUCUCUCUGCCUUCUCUUGUAUUUAAAGAAGUCAGAGAGACAAUAAAUGUACACAGGUGGUAUUUUUGUGAUGUAAUUGGUACUGUUUCUUGAAGCAAUAGAGCUUUGAGCUGAAAUCCUGAACAUGCGUGCUUUGGAAGUAAGUAUCGCUGAAACAAAUACUGCUUGCUUAACACUUAUGGACUGAGCAGAUAACUGUAAAUGAAGCCUGUGGGUGAGCCUGAGAUAAUUGACACCGUCAUACCAAGUAGUAGGAGAAGCUUGAUCAUCAAGUAAGAACCUUAAAGAUAAUGCUUGUGUGCUUAUUUUGGUCAUGACCUCUACCCACUUAUUACUGUAAAAUAGUGAAAACCUCACAACACAUAGGGAACAUAGAGUUGAGAUUCAUAUAAAUUAAAUGAAGCUACAUAAGAGAGGUGAUAAAGAGGGACCUGAGUGAGAGACAGGCCAGAGUAGGUUUUCCUCAAGGUGUGAGGCUAAGGAAGGGGAAGCUGGGAAGACUACUUAUUUGUACAAUGGUACCUCGGGUUACAGACGCUUCAGUUUACAGACUCCGCUAACCCAGGAAUAGUACCUCGGGUUAAGAACUUUGCUUCAGGAUGAGAACAUAAAUCGCACGACUGUGGCAGCGGGAGGCUAAAGUGAUACCUCAGGUUAAGAACAGUUUCAGGUUAAGAACAGACCUCCAGAACGAAUUAAGUUAACCAAGGUUCCACUGUAUGUGGAUUGAAGAUUAAGGGGAAAGCUAGGACAGAGGGCUAUAUGCUUUAUUUACGCUGGUGGUGCUGUGGUCUAAACCGUUGCUCUGUCCCAGGGCUUGCCAACCUAGCUGUUUGAAAGCAUGCCAGUGCAAGUAGGUAAAUAGGUACUGCUGUGGCAGGAAGGUAAACGGCGUUUCCGUGCGCUCUGGUUUCCGUCACGAUGUUCCGUUGCACUAGAAGCGGUUUCGUCAUGCUGGCCACAUGAGCCGUAAAGCUGUCUAUGGGCUAAUACCGGCUCCCUCGGCCUGAAAGCGAGAUGAGCGUCGCAACCCCAAACAGUGGUACCUCGGGUUAAGUACUUAAUUUGUUCUGGAGGUCCGUUCUUAACCUGAAACUGUUCUUAACCUGAAGCACACUUUAGCUAAUGGGGCCUCCUGCUGCUGCCGCGCCGCCGGAGCACAAUUUCUGUUCUCAUCCUGAACUGAAGCGUCUUGAAGCAUAUGUAACCCGAGGUACCACUGUAUUACUAUUAUUAUUGGUGUUACUUUUAAUGUUUCUUAUCUCUCUCUGUUCUCUUUCUUUUCUUGUUCUGUCUUUUCCAUCUUUUUGAUUAUGUUUGUUCUAGAUACUGUUUUAUUGUAUUGUGAACACCGUAAUGAAAAAUGGGGGGGGGGGAGGAGAUUCAUAUGAAACAACAGAAUAAAGGUAUACAGGAGAUAAGCAACAAUUGGGGUACUCGUAACCUUUUAAUAUAUUUUAAUGCUUGAUGCAUCUAGUAGUAACAUUUGAGACUUAAGCUAAUGGCAUCAUUUUAUGUGCCUCGUUCUGAUGUUUUCCUCCCCCUGCCCACCGACUGACAAACUGAAAAUAGCAAUACUUCUAAACUGGGGGUUUGGGUUCAUUUUAAAAACGAACUUCUGAAGAAAGUCAGUAAUGAAGCAAUAAUAGAUGGCUUGUAGUUGACCAAGGUGUAAUAAACAGGAAUUGUUCCACUGUUCCUUUACAGGUGGGUGUCUUUCAGAGUUUCUUUUACAGCUUUUUUUUUUUUUAACCAACAUAAAGACUCAUAAUUAUGGUGCUGUGACUAAAACCAUUGUAUGAAAUGGAGUAAUCUUGAGAGAAUAAAAAAGAAUCAAGUAAGUCUUUUGGAGGAAACUGUGUUCAUUGUAGGAAGAACUGUGAGUACCUAUCGAACCCCCAAAGGGAAUAACUAAAGAUGUAUUGUUCCUGAUCAAGAAUAGGAAAGGGGGGAAAUGCAUUGUUUCAAACGUUUUUAGUAUGAAACAUUCUAGGGGCAUGGUUGACUGAUUUCUGCUUUCCAGUGUUUUAAUAGCCUUUAGUCAUAUUCAUCAGUAUUAUUUUUCUAGAAAAAGAGGCCCGGAGCUCACCAUAAACACCUCCCUCGUUCUCUUAGAAUGGCAAUGGCGCCCACUUGAGAGGUGCCGGAACUGAGUUCCGGUGAGUUCCGGCUGGAAAAAAGACCUGAUAUUGAUUGAUUUAGGAUGUUACAGGUGCUCACAGUUCAGGGUGUGAUAGUUAAAUAAGGCAAAAAGUAAUGUGUGGACAGGUUCGGAUUUUUUAGGAUGCUUAACCAUUACUCAGGAACAAUGUGUGAUAUUUGGUGUUAGUCAGACUUGGAGCAGGCCUGUUGAAAUGAAUCAACAAGUCAAUUGCUCUCAGUGAGUCUACUCUGAAUAUGACUAAAAUAUAUUAACUCAAUUGUGUAAUAUAAUACCUGUAGAUUGCCAGAUUAUAUUUCCAGAGCAGACAUCUUCAAGCUCAUGGUUUUUCUUAUAGAAUGGCUUUAGAUCUAACAUAUAUGCAGAGUUUUCCAGGAUAUAAGCUCUCCUGUAGAGGGUUCCUCUUUUCCUUUAUCUUUCCACCAUAAAUACAGGCUUAAUCCAGCUCAAACUAAGUGUGUACAGGUUCCCGCCCCCCCAAAAAAAACUUAUGUGGGGGACACGUUCUGGGUGCCCGUGCACAUACGCAAAAAUUGCACAAGUAGCGAGCACUCUCUGAACAUCCUUUAAAUGCUACCUCUGCCGCUCUCCCUACAAUCUGAACCAAAAAUAUUGUAUCCAAAAAUACCCAUAACUAGAAUUGAACCUCUGGGGCAGGUUGGAGGACACUUGGAAAAGCGGCUGUUGCUGUGCUACCAUGCACGUCAGCUGUUAAGCAGAGGGGCAGCCUAAACAAGGCCCCGCUGCGCCCCAAGUGUCUUUUCAAGACCUCUCUGCCUUCACUGACAUCCUCGUAGGGCUCCGUCAGGACUCUCCAGCACUCUUCUGCCAUUUCCAGGUUUGAACUGAAUGAAUUAUUUCCUAGUGUCGUGUGUGUAUACGCAGUAGCAACCUGGGUGGGUGUGUGUGUGUGUGUGUGUGUGUGUGUGUGUAACACCUGUGCUUGUAUUGCUCACAUGGAAAUCAAACUGGACUUCAGUGCGCUCAGAAUUGGUUUUCUUGUUCUGUGAGCUUACUCAUCUUGGUAUCCAUUUAUUACAACCAUGGGUUCAUUUGAGGUAAAGUAAAGCGAAUCAGAAUGAUCGAGAUUAGAGCUUUCUGCCAAUAGGAAAGUGAUUUCUGUGAACUGCCCUGAGACCUCCAAGUAUAGGGCGUUAUAUAAACCCAUUAAAUAUUAAUAAUAAUUCACCUGUCUGGCUUAGCUAGUCUUCACAGCCUUCUCCUUUGCAUGAGGAUUUUGUCUGGGGUCUGUCUGUCUCCCUUCUGGUUUGCUUGUCAGGUGAACAGAGCAGGAGCAACGUAGGAAGGUGUGUCUAGGACAGGGGUCAGCAACCUUUUUCAGCCAUGGGCCGGUCCACUGUCCCUGAGACCAUGUGGUGGGCCAGACUAUAUAUUUUUUUGGGGGGGUGAACGAAUUCCUUUGCCCCACAAAUAACCUAGAGAUGCAUUUUAAAUAAAAGGACAUUCUGCUCAUGUAAAAACACGCUGAUUCCCGGACCAUCCAUGGGCUGGAUUGAGAAGGCGAUUGGGCCAGAUCCGGCCCCCGGGCCUUAGGUUGCAUACUCCUGGUCUAGGAGGAGGAGACAGGGUUAAGUACGCCGAAGUAUGAAGAAUGAACCUGUCAACCCCGUGUGCAGCCCUGUGAAAAAGUUAAGAGAUUAGGAAAUGGGCUGAAAAUAAACAGCUAGUAUCAUAAUUCAGCUAUACAAGUCUAUGGUUUGUCCUGACUUGGGAUGCUGUGUUCAUUUACAGCUGCCAUACCUAUAAAAAUAUAUUGUGGAGCUGGGGAAAAUGCAGAAAAGGACAACUCUCCUAUGAGGGAAGGUUACCAUGUCUGGAGCUUUUGGGGGGAGGACGGGGGGAUAUGUUAGAGAUGUGGGAAAUUAUACACAUGGUGUGGAGAAAACGAGUAGGAAGAAGUCGCCCUCUCAUAACACCAGAGCAUGGAGUCAUCCAAUUGAAAGCCCUUUUUAGAAAUGCACAAUAUGCUUCUACAGUCUGGAAAAUAUUUGACAAAUUUUUAUGGCUUCCUUGGUAAAGAGCUAUCUUUAAUUGUUUAUACUUGGUCAGGAUGCUAGAUGAGUACAUGCAGUUCUGUAUAUCAAAUUGGUGUGUGCUUUUAUGCAAUCUUCUUGCAGCUUGCCUAAAAAGGGAGAAAUACGAUUAAAACCUAUUUAAGAUGCAGAAUGGAAGCACCAAGCAAUCUGCAAAGGGAGACAAAUGUGCAAAUUAAAAGCUUAAAUGAAAGUUUGUUUGAUUUUAAACACCUCAAUAGCUUUCCUAAAGUUUUAAAGAUGGGGGGAUACUGAUAUUCAAAACUCUGAGUGAGAGAUAGCAUAGGGGGUUUUGAACACAGGUCUUAUACCUUGUUAAGUAGACCCUACCAGCCUGGUAGUACUCUUACACUGUAUUGAUCAAUAACAUUUUUAAACUACGCUGCUUAAGUGCCCUCCUACUUGAACGCUACAUUUACUUUUUGACUUCUUACAAAGUUAAAACACCAUUCUCUCUAGACUUCAUACCAUGAUAUUGGGGUCUCCAUUAUCCCUUUCAGGCUGAUUGUGUGCCUUUGUCAUUCUUUAUAAACAAAGACUAUUGUUAAAUACUAUUUUUGUAAUUCGCACCUGACGGUUGUUCAGAAAUCCACAUGUUCUUGAUUUCACAUCUGUGCCAGUAAUCAUUUCCAUCUCCGUCCUUACUGAUGCAGCACACUGUGUGCAAACCAAGUCGUGUCUGUUUCCUUCCUAUUUCCUUUGAUUAAAGUCUGCAAGGCACUGAUAGCAGUAGGAUACAUUGAAAGGUAAACAACUUAAAUGAUUACUACCUGUUUCUCAUUUGUCCAGAUUUAUUGGACCCAGACCCUGUUUAAUCCCUGGGGCUUUCCCUGGGGCUCUUCUCAGAAGAGGAGACAUUUAUUGGCAGUGUGCCUAGAUAUGAAUUUUUUUAAAAGGUUUCCCAUAAAGUGCUUCGCUGUGGGUGAAAUUGACUGGGACAGCAGUUCUCAAUCUUUUUCUCCCCGUGGACCUCUUGGAAAUUGCUGUGUGCCUUGGUGAAUCACUUAAAGCUUUUGUCUUCAAUGCCAGCAUCAUCGGCAAACCAGCAACAUAUUAUGAGAAUUGCAGGGUCUAGGCCAGGCUGCUGAAAAGAGAUAUUUAGGAGGAAAUUGAUAGACUGCACUACUGCUGUAUUAUGAAAAUGAUCUCUCUCGACGCUGACCCUCCCUCCCCCAGAUGGUGCAAAAAAGGAUCAUGGGACCUAUCUAGCCUCUUCCAUAAAUCCAGCCCAGCAGUGGUCAAAACUUCCUGAGAUCUCCAUUGUCAGAAAAGAAAAGAGCAGGGGCAAGGAUGGAUUUAUCUGAUAGUUAUGGUGACCACUGUUCACUAUAGCAGCUUGCCCUAAAAUAUGAGGAGAGAGAGUAGAGGUGCCUUUUGAAAACAAGGAAUACUAGGGAAACCUUUGAACCUGGAAGGAAAAGGUUCUUGGCAGAUUGACUUGCAGAAACAAAUUUUCUUUUGGGCCUGCCUAGAUGCUUAGUCUUCAGAGGCCAAGUAGAUAAAUAGGUACCGCUCUGGCGGGAAGGUAAACGGCGUUUCCGUGUGCAGCUCUGGUUUGCCAGAAGCGGCUUAGACAUGCUGGCCACAUGACCCGGAAGCUGUAUGCCGGCUCCCUUGGCCAAUAGAGCGAGAUGAGCGCUGCAACCCCAGAGUCGGUCACGACUGGACCUAAUGGUCAGGGGUCCCUUUACCUUUAAAUGCUUAGUACAAAAAUUCAAGCCUGACCUUGGAGGCUUGCUAAAGCAAUACAAACUUUUGCACAAGUCCACCUUUUCUGAAUUCUCAUGCCAUCGUCAUCUUUUCGUUCUAACUUUUUAAUGGUGCUUUUCUUGAACUUUAUUUUUAUUUUUAAUUCUGCAAGUAGCCUUACUGCUUUGCACUUGCUAUUUACUACUCUGAGUUCAUGGGGAAAGUGGAUUAUUAAUUUAUUCAUUUUAAAAUCAGUGUAAUGACGACCACUGUUAUGUAACUGAGAAUAAUACAAAAGUGACAAACAAAUCAAAUAAUUGUUGGUUACUUUUUUAAAUAAAAAAACCCCCACACAAUUUAAUACAAUAAUGCAAUGUCUCCUUUACAAGAAGUACCAUAGCACCUCAAUGUAGGAACUUACUUACAGGCUUGUUCUCUUACCCUACUUAGAGAAUAACUCUAAAGCCAACAGAGAAACAUGUGGAUUCCCAUUAACAAAAACACUUUUUCCUGAUAUACCUGGCCUGCAGUAGAAGGGGCAAUUGCAUGCAUGACACCACGCACUGAGGUGCAAUUCAAAUGCAUGUCAGAUUGCUCAUAUGACAGCUUUGCCAAAUCACUGUUUGCUGGAUUAGUGGUACACUAGGUGCUAAUUUUGAUUUGUGUGUCUGAACCAUAUGAAAGAUUACGCAAUUAAAAAAAAACAGUUAUUCUUCCCUUGGGUAAUCAUGGUUUCAAAAAUAUAUAAUUAUUGGCAAUGAAGACGUAGUCCCCUGGUUUUCAUUAGUUAGUCCAAACCUUUACUUAGGAUAGUAAACCCAGUUUAUAUUCUGCCAGCUUGAAUAUGUUCAGGGCUGCCACUGCAAAUUUCUCUUUCAUAUCUUUGUAAAAAAAAAAGGUAAAGGUAAAGGACUCAUGGACGGUUAAGUCCAGUCAAAGGUGACUAUGGGGUUGCGGCACUCAUCUUGCUUUCAGGCCGAGGGAGCCGGCGUUUGUCCACAGACAGCUUUCCUGGUCACGUGGCCAGCAGGACUAAACCGCUUCUGGUGCAAUGGAACACAGUGACAGAAGCCAGAGCGCACGGAAAUGGCGUUUACCUUCUCACCGCAGUGGUACCUAUUUAUCUACUUGCACUGGCGUGCUUUCAAGUUCACUCUGUCGCAAGCCCAAGAGGCUCAGUGGUUUAGACCACAGCGCCACCUGCAUCCCUAUAUCUUUGUACCACCCUUGAGUUGUGUAGGAAGGAACGCUCUCACCCUUCCAGUCAUCCACACGUUUCGCUUUCUCUGUGCUGUCCCUUUUUGACAAAGUAGAAUUCACAUAAAAGACAAAAAUAUCCUGUUUUCAGAUUCUCAGCAAUCAAGUUAUUUUAGAAUAAAGGCACACCAAAUUUCAGCAUUCUGCCUGUGCAAGUUUCUUAACAGUUUUGACAUUUCCAAGAAUGAGUCAUUCCUAAAUAUCUUCAGUGUGUUCAGCUGUUAUGCAAGGCACCACAGAAUUUCAGACUGUUCACACUUACCCGGAAGAAAACCCCCGUAAGCACACUGGGGUUGACUUUUGAGUAAACGUGCAUAUGAUUAUAUGGUACGUUUCUGAAUGUUGUAUAUGUUCAACUCCCAAUUAAGUGCAAGUUCCUUGCAUUUCUAUAAAAGGUUUUAUAUAUAUAUAUAACAAAGGGAAACAAAAACUGAAAUACCAAAAACAGAGAAGUCCUUACAUAAAAGAAAACAAGAACUGUGCAGUAAUUGGAGCAAGAAAAUGUUUUCUUAUGUUGGUAUGCUCUCUCAUCUUAAACUCUGUGCACAACCCUUAUGGGAAUACUUAAUACCAUCAUUAAUUUAAAAAUGUAGCUCCAACAUGAAGCUCCUUUUUAGGAGCUGCGGAGCUCUUGAUUUCCAUGUCUCUAAUGUCUAUAAAUAUGCAAGAACUCAAGAACCACUUCUGCUGUUUUUGUAAAUAACACGCAUCUUGUUUGUUACAAUAUGGAAAUCACAGACAUGGGGAGCAGAAAAGAAGAAAGAAGCACUAAUUGGUAUUAACCAUUAGAAAAACAGCAGCAAAUUAGGGAGUGCUGGGGGAAAAACAAUAAAGCCAAAGCAAAUGCUGUACAUUAUAUUCUUUGUUCCUUUUUAGCUUGUGUAAAAAUGCACGUUUUGAAUUUAGCCAUAAUCAUGUUAAAACAAUGCAGUGCUUUAAACAUGAAGCAUUCUUAAUAUGCAGUGUCCCUACAGCAGUUUGUUUUAAUUCAUAUUGGGGAAAGGUAAUUAGACUCUGGAUUUUUAAUGAGGCAUUCAAAGGAAUAAUUAGCAGUGUUCCUCAACCCUUAAAAAAAAGAGAAUUUAAAUUUGCCCUUUAAAAAAAGCUUUACUUUUGUUUGUAGGUCUAGUGCUGUGUGGUUUAUUUUGCAAUAGUGAUCACAUUAUGGGUGUUUUUAGCUUCCUGGGCUGUGCAAAGGCUAAUCAAAGGCAUUUAGCGUAUAAACUGAACUGCAGCAAAUGUUUUUCUCUGCAGGUUUAUUUAGCAACCUCAACCAAUCAAGUACCUAAAGCUUGGCAAGCUGUCCAUCGAACCCCAAAACACAACUGCACCUGAUUUGUAGCAUAAAAUGUUUCUUAAUUGACCUGAACACACAGGCUACCAUGCUACUUCUCUGGAGUAAUUUGGUAGCAUGUUUAGGCUUUUUGUUGUUAGUUUCUGAAGGUGUCUAUUAGCCUGUGAUGGAUUUUUGCAAAGGAAAAUCCCUGUUCAUUUCCUUCAGGCAGAAAAAGCAAGGAGGAGGAGUGGUCUGGGAUUUGAGUUACUUGGGAGUCAGCUUGCUAGUUGCUGAAGGGAAAAGUCCCUUACUCCCUUCCAGCCUUAUACCGUAUUUUUUGCUCUAUAAGACUCACUUUUUCCCUCUUAAAAAAUAAGGAGAAAUGUGUGUGCGUCUUAUGGAGCGAAUGCAGGCUGCGCAGCUAUCCCAGAAGCCAGAACAGCAAGAGGGAUCGCUGCCCAGUGAAAGCAGUAAUCCCUCUUGCUGUUCUAGCUUCUGAGAUUCAGAAUAUUUUUUUCUUGUUUUCCUCCUCCAAAAACUAGGUGCGUCUUGUGGUCUGGUGCGUCUUAUAGAGCGAAAAAUACGGUAUUUCUUCACAGUAGGAGCAUAGGAAGCUGUGUUACACUGAGUCAGUCUGUUGGUCCAUCUCAUAGAAUCAUAGAUUCUGUGCUCAGUUUACAUAUGCAGACUAGUGACUCUCCGGGCAGAGAGGAAAUCUCCAACCCUACCUAUAGAUGCUGGAGAUGGUUCUCAGGACCGCCUGUGUGCAAAACAGAUGCUCUUCCAUUGGACUUGCUUCCUUUCCCCUAAAUGAGGAAAUCUCAUUAAGGAACACCGGCAACCUACAACCCAGCUAAUGUAGAAGCUGAGAGCGUGAGCUGUGCUGUCCCAUUCAAUUCUCAUCUCUGAGGUGCCCAGUCCCUGUCAGUGUUGAAUGACAUUUUAAGAAGAUAGUGAUGUAGAACAGUAUGUGUGGGGUGGGUUUUAAGAACCACUUGCGUGUGGAAAGUUAAAUGCCAUAUGUUAGGACUUGGGUUUGAGGCAGGAAACGUAUAAAAAUAUAAGCAUAGAGCAUUUGCUUCCUGUCUCACACGUUUGAACUCUGUGUCCUUUGAACACAAACUGAAGAAAAUGUGCGUGUAUACACACACACACACACACACACACACACACACUGCUAAUGUCUGAGUGAUACUGUAAAACAUACACCCUGGUAGAAUAAAUUAGUUUAGACCCAUUCAAAUAUCGGCAAUACAGUAAUUAAGAACCACAGAAAUCAAAGAGGGUGUGCUUCCUUUCCCCUCAUGACUGUACAUAUUGAGCUGUUUGUAGCUCCAAGCCUGAUACUCUUGAGAUGUGAGGAAAGUAUAAUGAUAGGUUCUCAGCUAGCAUCACUCUCUUCAUUCUUGUGUUUGUAGCUCUAUGCCCAUGGCCGCUGAAGACCUUGCAGGCAACUUAGCAAAUCUCUACAUUCGGCAGAAUUCUACCAGUGCCAUUUCCUUAGACUUUGAGCCUAAUGCCGACUAUCAGUUUGUGGAAAUCGUAGAAGAACGAUACAAAUGUGCCUAUUGCCACCUGGUCCUUCACAAUCCUCACCAGACGGGAUGUGGGCACAGAUUUUGCCAGCGUUGCAUAGUCUCUCUGAGGUAAGAAAUGUCCCUUCCUUCUCUUACAUUCAGAUCCAAACCCUCCCUUUCCAUCCCUGAAAACUAUGGAAAUUGUGUUUGUGUGAGGGCUGGGGAACAGGAUCCCAUUUUGGGAGACCAUUUUGGCAGGUGAGUAGUGCUGCCCACCUGUCAGUCACCUGACAGCACCAUAAUGUCAGGUGACCCAACUUCAAAGGAAAUAAUCAUGUGCUCCUGAUUCUUCCUCUGCCGGAAAGCUUGAACUCAAGCUGUGCUUCAAAGGAAGAUCCCUACUGCAAAAGCAAUGUUUGCAGCCACAAACUCUGGAUCGGCUACACUCAGGAAUUCCUAAGCGAAUUGGAUCCCAGCAUUAUGUUGGGUGUGGGCUGAUAGAUGUGGCUUGGGGAAACAGAUUUGUGGGCCAAAUGAGGACCCCAGCCAAGCCUAAUUAUUCCUGCAACUCCACAAGCAAUGUGAACAGCACAUUACUAUAAUCCUAAGGUGUGUUAGUUUUCCUCUUGCUUUAGUCAACACAUUUUCCCAGCGCAACUUUUAAAAAAUUUUGUGGACAUCUGAGGCAUGAGCAGUUCAAUAUUAAAACAUUCUGAAAUCCCAUUAACUUCAUUGGAGGCCCUUUAAACACAUACUUCGCUGCUCAGUAAAAUGAAUGGGGAUUGGAUACACUUUGGUCUGGUUCAUGUCCAUAUGUUAGAUGUGUUGUGAUCUUAAAUAAGGCUUAUUAUUGCAGCUUCCCAUAGAAGCUGGUGGGUUUUUCUUUCUGGGAAGUCCCUCUUUCCAACGCCUGAAAAAUUAUAGCAGUAAUAUUAAAGUGCUACAGACUUGGUGUGACUUUGCCGUAGAGAAGAGAUGUAGAAAAAUUUAAAAACGAAACUUUAACUCUGUCUUGUAAAAGUACCCUUUUGAUUCACCUAAGUUUCACUUCAGAGUCAUACUGGUUCCUUCCUUUCUAAAAUGCCUGCACAGUUACUUUCUAGAGUGAAAUUGAAACGCUGUAAUUUCUAAAGUGUCACUUAACCGUUCGAUCAUAUGCUUGUCUACUUGGAAGUAAUUCCCAUUUGUUUCCAUUAAGCUUACUCCCAAGGUAAUGGGGUAUGGGAUGGCAGCCUAAUGCUGCGCGACUGUGCACAUUUACAUGGAAGUAAGAACCUCUGAGCACUAAAUAAAUAUGCAUAGGAUUGUGUUGUGUGGGUUUUAAGACUUAUUGAUGAGAAAGUAAUAAUUGAUGUACCAUGCCCUGGGAUCACUAGUGUGGUGUAGGGCAGGUUUAAAUGAAAUAAAUAAGAAGCAGCCCUUGCUUAAUGACUCACUAGUUUCCUUUGUUUAUAUCUGAUCUAUAACAUAGUUUAACACUGGGUGGGGAGCCUACAGCCUUCCAUAUGUUGUUCUCCUACAAUUCCCAUCAUUCCUGACCACUGCCCAUGCUGGCUAGGGUUGUUGAGAAUCCAGCAACAUCAAGAGAACCACGGGCUCCCCACCCCUGUUUAACAGGACUGCUUUGACACUAUGUUGAUUUUUAUUCAGUUUUUCCUCUUCUGAACAGUUCUUAGCAUUUUUAUGUGCUCUCAAUUUAUGUGACGGUUAUUACUUAAUGCUCAGUUAAACUACUUGUUAGGUUGCCGGCUUUGUUUAUUUAAUUUCCUCUUGCAAUUUCCCUUUAGCUCUCUGUAUGGUAACAUGACAGUGGGACUCCAAUUUAAAGAGGUGCUGCGAGUGUAGCCAACAGGCUCUAGAAUCAUUUAAAAUGGGUGAGGAGGACAUUUUUGAGAAAAGGGUAUGCUGAAAUCGGCACCGGUCUAAUAUGCAGCAAGAUGAGGGAUUUUAAAAAUAAUUCUUUUGUUCAGAUAAAGCUGGAAUUUAAUGGGCCAGCUAUAAUAGGCAUAUAAUUUUGAUCCUUUCCCCAGAGCAGAUUUUUUAAAAAACCAAAUAUAACCUCUGAUCUCUUUAGAGAACUGAAUGCUGUGCCCACCUGUCCUGUGGACAAAGAAGUAAUAAAACUACAUGAAGUAAGAAAAUAAUUUAUGUUUACAUUCUUUGGAGGGUGCGGGGAGUCAAUCGAUUCAACAGUUUUGUGUGCAGUAUUAUUUGAAUGUACGUGAAGAACCUAUUCAAGUUUGGAGCCCAAUGAGAUUUUUAUACCAGAAUGUUUAAAUAAUUUUAAUCAUCAAAACAUGAAGAACAAACUUGGAAAUCCAGAACUCUCAGGAAUGGCCAGGUCUAUUUCCCCUCCUACUCCUGUUUUUAGGGGAAAGUGAGUUUUACAAUUGUGAAGCAAGUUUAUGGCUUCCUACCAGCCCUUCCUGUUAAGAUUUCACAUCAUGCUAACACAGUCAAGAGCCUUUGGGCUGAUCUUUAUGAUCCUGAUCUGUAUUAUGAGGUGAGGCAUUUCCUGUAAAAUAGAUACUAUCUUAAGCCAUUUAGGGUUUGUAGCUCAAAGCCACCACUUUGACCUCAUGCCCAGAAAAUAAAACUGCAACUACUGCAGGGGUGGAAAAAUUAUCUGUUCGUUCAGUUUAUUUCCUGCCCUUUAUCCAUGGUAGCAAACACAUCAGUAAUCAUAAAUUUUGAAGUCGGCUUAAAACAUUCUGGAAACCAGUGAUUUUCAGGAUUGACGGGUGCCUGGGUAAAUAGGAACGUUUUAAAAACUUCUCCUAAGUCAACAGUCGGGGAGAGAAGCGCACCUGAACAGGGAGGGCAAUUCUACAAAUGGGAAACUGACACUGAAAUGGCCCUGUCACAGGUCAGCAGCAUCUGACCUCCGGCGGCACCCCCAAAAAGGCCUCCCCUGCCAAUUGUGGGGUCUGAGUAACGGAAGGCUGCUGUCUCUGACCCACCUCCACAAUAGGGCAGUUGCAGGUUGGAGAGAACUCAAAGACAACAAACCUGAAUAACAGAGAAGAUGGAGCUGUGUAUGGAACUUGAGGUGGAUAUUCUGUGUGUUGGGAGGAGGAGAGCUGAGAUUUCUUCACCAGCGUAAUCCUUCCUGUUCAAGGGGUUUGUUUGAUAUAAUUUAUGCUCAUUUGAUGCCUAGUUACUCUCUCUCCUCUAGACCCUUCAAGCAUUUGAAACUAGCAUUAACCUCACUCCCCAAACUUCAACACUGGAAACUUGUUUAUCACAUACCGUAUUUUUUGCACCAUAACACUCACUUUUUUCCUCCUAGAAAGUAAGGGGAAAUGUCUGUGCGUGUUAUGGAGGGAAUGCCUACAGGUGGCAUGCCUAAGGAUUUUCCUCCUCUAAAAACUACAUGCGUGUUAUGGUCGGGUGCGUGUUAUAGAGCGAGAAAUACGGUAAUUUCCUCUGUAGCAAGACUGGCUUUUCAUUAAGUUUUAAAAGAUUAUAGUGAAUUAUGGACCUUCUGCGUGUGCUUUGAAAUAAGUUUUUAUACUCUUUUUAUUUAGGUUUUCAAAGACAAUUGCUGUAAAAGGGAAGUUCUCAAUUUGCAAGUGUUUUGCAGAAAUUCACCAGCCUGUAAUGCGAAAACGUCUCUGGGGCGAUAUCAGGUUUGCGUUCCUCAUCUCUUAAUAUCAAUUGAGCCAAGUUUUUAUGUCUUUCUGCCUUCAUGAAGCAACUGCACUUAUUACUAAAGCUACUCCCCCCCCCUUUUCUUUUUUAAUAUACUUUUUAAAACAUAAUAUAUAUUUUCCCAUUAUGAGUAUGAGAAGCGUCAGCCUGUGUGGGUGGGAACGCACUGCAAAUAAAAGACUUGAUAUUGCAUUGCUCUUAAACUACUUGUUUUACUCACUGGUACCUCAGUUUUUUUCUCUCUCUCCCUGUUAAAUAGAUCUCCUGUGGUUGUGGAAAAAAGGCAGGCCGUUGGCUUUGACCCUGCCAAAUGUGUACUGAGGGCAUAGGAGGGUGGGUGGGGGAGCAUGAAGCAUCUGUAUUCUUCCCAUCCAAUCCCUGCAAAUUCAAGGUGAAUAGUGCAGCUUCUGUGAUCUUACCACUUGAUCUUAUGCACAUGGAUUUAUAAAUCAGGCAGCAGUGAGCAAGAACAUUGGAUGCUAGUAAUUUAGCUUUUCCACCCACAGCUUACCAUAUUUUUCGCUCUAUAGGACGCACUUUUUCCCCUCCAAAAAUGAAGGGGAAAUGUGUGUGCGUCCUAGGGAGCGAAUGCAGGCUCCUUGGCUUCAGCGAUAGCAACGCGAAGCCUCCGAAGCGCAGAGGGAGAGCUCCUCCCACGCUCCGGAGGCUUUGCAAUGCUUUCGCUGAAGCCCUUGAAGCCCCCGGAGUGCAGGGAACUCCCGCUGCGCUCCGGGGGCUUCAGGCAGCUAUCUGCAAGCCUUCGGAGCGCAGCAGGAGUUCCCGCCGCGCUCCGAAGGCUUGCGGAUGGCCGCCUGAAGCCUGGAGAGCGAGAGGGGUCGGUGCACACUGAUCACUCUUGCUCUCCAGGCUUCGCUUCGCUGGAGAGGCGCUGCACAGUUUUCCCUCUGCGUAGCGCCCCUUCAGUGAAGCGGGAGGAGAAAUGGAAGGGGCUCCAUUUCUCCUGCUGCUUCGCUGAAGGGGCGCUGAGCAGAGAGGGGGAGAAUUUUUUUUCCCCUGUUCUCCCCCUCCUAUGGUCCGGUGCGUCCUAUAGAGAGAAAAAUACGGUAUUUAUUUCAUUUAUAAGCCACCUUCCCACACACCCCAAGAUGCUCAAGGUGCUGUACAUGGUACACACACACACACACACACACACACACACACCAUUUUAUCCAUUUGUGCAUUAAAUUUGUGUGUUCUUCUCAAAAGGGAAGAACAGAAAAGAAACUUGUCUUAAUUGUGCCAGACGUGCUUUAUAUUGGCAUUUGGGGCAUCUAAAAGUGGGGGGGGGGGGGCUUCUUUACAGCAGAGUGUAAAAGCCUAGAAACAUGCCUAGGUAGAAACCGGUGUGGUCUUAAGGCAAAUGUUUUGUAGGCAGAGAUGGAAGGGACGCUGAGAGUCAUCUAGUCCAGCCCCCUGCAAUAUAGGAAUCUCAACUUAGAAUAAUGGAUAUAGAAUAAUACAGUCUGUAGAAUAAUGGAACAGUAACCCUCUGGGGCAGAUUUGGGGACAGCACAGGGGGAGAAGAAGGAGGAAAUUAAUUAGAUGAAUACAUCAGAAGCUGCCUUAUAUUGAGUCAGUCCAUUGGUCCAUGGAGCUCAGUACUGUCCACUCUGGCUGGCAGCAGCUCUCCAGGGUUUCAGACAGGGGUUCCUCCCAGCCCAACCAGGAAACGCCAGGGAUUGAACUCGGGACCUUCUGUAUACAAGACGGGUGCUCUACCCCAGCUUUUCCUGUUGUUAUUAUUAUUAUUAGAAUUAGAAUAUACCCGGAGGUCUCAGGGCGGUUCACAGAAUAAAAUCAAAAUAUAAAACCACAAAAUACAUAAUCAAAAUAAAAACAACAACCCAAUAACCCCCCCCCAAAAAAACCCCUCACAUUUUAAAAGGGCAUAGUAAAAGGAAGCAGGACUCUGAAACCAACAACAACAACAGAAGAAGAAGAAGGAUUUGUGCAUGGCAAUGGGAAAGGAAAAGGCAGAGGCUUAUGGAGGAAGAGAGAGAUGUGACUGUCCCCACAACAAAUGCUUUAUUGAGAAGCUGUGGCUCACUGCAUUACCCCAUGAUUGUGCGCCCAAAGGUGCAAGAAACCAACAGAAUAUAGGCACAAUGUUGUUGACUAUGGGGUUUUUAGAGAGACAUCUGACCUUCCUUGCAGAUCCCAAAAUGUGGCAUGUUUUAUGUGCCUCCUGUACAUACUAUGGUGAUGUUAAUGAUGCAGGUAAUAUAUGGUAGUACAUGGUUCUGCUUUACAGGAUCACCUACAACAGUGUUUGUUCGAAAGCGUGCAGUGCACUAAUGAAGGGUGUUGUGAAAAAGUUAUUCGGAAGGAUUUGCAAGAACACCUAGGUUUGCAGUGCAGCUAUCGGAAGGAACUGUGCCAGUACUGCAAACAGCCUGUGACUUCAAUUGAUUUAAAGGUAAAAUGUUAGUAAAAAUGUCUCCAAAACACGGUGGAAAACCCUAAAUGUGACUCUUCCCUCUCUCUAUAUAUGAGCAAUCUCAUAUAUAUAUAUAUAUAUAUAUAUAUAUAUAUAUAUAUAUAUAUUGCUCUCCCUCUUCCUUCUGUCACAGCCUUGAAGAGCUUAAACUACAAUGAUAACAUGCACUUCUGUUUCUCUGUUAUAUCUGUGUUAGGUGUAGCAUUGCAAGUCCCAGGCUGCUGUGGUGUGUUGGUUGCAGGCCAAUAAGCUCAGUUUGAAUUGUCUGUGCAUAUUUCUAGACAUGGGCCAUUUACUUUUUAUUCCACUGUAGAAGAGAGAGAGAGAGAGAUGAGAAGCAAUAAAUAAAUAAAUAAAAAUCGGGGAGGGAUGUAAUGACAAUAAGUCUGUAAUAUGCAGCAGGUUAGAAAUGCCUACCUUAUAUAUGAAAACCACAAUCAAUCGACUGGAGCAUUGUGCAUUCCUCCUCUUCCCCCCCCCCCCUUGGAGUGAUGGAAAGUGCGCAGGAGUGCUUGAAAAAGCACUAUUGUUCAUUUCAGUUGGACUUGCACUGUCGUUUCCUAGUGGAUGGUCAACAUGAUUGCUUCUGCCUUUUGGGUUUGUGUUAAGUAGAACCAACCUCUUCAUUUCUCUUGAAUAACAGAUUUCCCAAUGUGUUUUCAGACUCACGAGAGAACAGAUUGUCCCGAUUAUCCCUUGAUUUGUCCUCAUGGCUGCCCACAGAUAAUUCUGACAAAAGAGGUACAAUGUUAUUUUCAUUUCAUUGCAAGUGUUGUUGAGAGAAGAGCAAAAUAGUCCCUAGUUGUUGCUAGCCUCUGCAUGUGGCAGUACGAGUUGCCGCCCUUCUUUGUGUUAGUAAUUAGGUGACAUUGCCAUCCAUGGAUAAUGUAAGAGCAUCUGUGGACCGCUUUGUUAUUGUCAUUGUCCAUGACUAGAUUUGGUGACGAUGCAGAGAGUGUAAUGUAGUUCCUUUUUGUACUUCUUUUGUAGGAAAUAAAGGUCAUAACGCACAAACCUUCUUCACCUAUAAUUAAUGUGUCAUUUAAAACUUGUUAAUAUUUGCAGGUAGAAGAGCAUGUCGUAAUAUGUCCGGAGGUGAAAAUUGAUUGUCCUUAUAAAAAGUAUGGCUGUUCUACAAAGGUAUUGUAAUGCAAUCAUCCAUGGUCCUACAGUAGAUGCUAAUUCUCCAAAGCAUAAAAGGGCACUAGCUAACCAAUGUCUCUUUCUGCUUCAUCCUUCUUUUUUUGUUCCUCUGGUUUAAUUUUUUCAGAAUAUCCCUGCUGAGAUUUUCCCCUUGUUACGUUUUGUUUUGUUUUGAUUUUUUUUGCUUUAGAAUGAUUUUAAAUCUGUUUAGUUUAUAAUGUGUCAGGUUAGCUUUGUUCUCACUACAUGUUUAUAUUCUCAUUUUAGAUUAAAAGAGGAAAACUUUCAGAACAUGAGAAUAUGUACUUGAGAGAACAUAUGCUUCAGAUCUUAGAUAAGAACUCAAAGCUGGAAGAUCAGGUAUAGUAUGGCAUUUCCUCCCAAACCCUUCAGCUUCUAAGUGGAAACAACCGACAGUUCUAAAAAUUCAAAGAGGUUCAAAAGAGGCUAAACUUCCCUUAGUUCCACAAGUGUCUUACACAUGUACUUGUGCAAUUUGCUAAUUUUGGAGAAAUUACUACUGCUUGUGAGAUCUUUAUUGGAGACAAUUGUCCACACACACAGCAGCUAGUUGGGGGCGGGGAACCACACAUCCACGCCACUUUUACAUACCCUCAUUACAGAUUCACAGUAGCACUUUGCAGAAGGGAGUAUGCAAAUUAGCAAGAAGGUAAUUUGCCUCAAGUACUUUUUCAUGUAGCAAACUAGAAGGAAGGAUGAGGUUUGGUCGAAAGUAUAUAUGCAGACAGAAGUCUGGAGCCCUGGGGGGGGAAAUGUUGCUAAUUAAGAAUCUGUAGGUUGACAGUUAUCUUUUUUUAUUAUUACAUGCAAAAAGUACCCUUCUCCCCCUUUGAAGGCCCCUUCCCUUUGCAUUUCCAUAUGAUUGCAGUAUUGUUGUUAUUACGUUAAGGUCUGGGUACAGUGAAAGCUUUUGUAUGAAGAAAGGGCAAGUAGUAAUACUAAUCUUCCAUGUAUCUGCUUCAAGGUUAUUUCUGCAGUGCUUUUGGCACCCUUAUUGUUCUCUGAAGGGUGUUUAUGUGUUAGGGGCCAUUUGGUACCUUCCAACAUUUAUAAUGUGUGGUGAUCCUUCAUUUGAAUAUGAUGAACUUUAGAAAGUCGGCUUGAAAAGAGGAAAGCAUGUUUCAGUUCCUCAUGCCAUGCUAAAACUGUUGAGUGUGUGCGUGAGUGUGUGUUCUACAGAAAGUCACUGUGAGGUUAGGUGUCACUUUACUUAUGAAAGAAAAACCUUCUGAAUCUAGCAGCAUGGUACUCAUUGAUGCAUAUUUAAAUCACACCCUAGAAACAAUGGGUUUUGAUUGUUGGCUACCAUUUUUUCUGUUGCUAUUGAUGUGUAUAGCAUGCAUCAGUGGGGGGUGGAGGGAAUUGUACACACUAUAAACUUUCCUGGGUGUCCUUGUUGGCAUGUGUCUACCUUGGGAGACAAUGGAGGAGUGCGCCUUCGUGGGUGAAGUCAAACUAUGGGAGAGUUACAGUGCCUGCUGUGGCUGUAGAAACAGAUGCAGGACAGACAUGUUUUGUUGCAGCUGAGGCAAAAUCAAUCUGUCAUAGUCCUAGGCAGUGGACAAAAACAGAGAGAUUGUUAAGCCUCUGGUGGGCUACCAUACUUGGUUGUUGGGUCUGUGUGGAUCACAAGAUAAAAACUGACCCAGUCGAAAGUGAUUGUGGGAAUUAUCCUUGGGCUAUUAGCUUGUCCAUCUCUUAACAGCUGAGCAAUCCCUCUGGGUUGUAUUCAGUGUUAGCUCUGUUCUGAGUUAGACAUGACUAACAUGGGUCUACUUUGAGCAUUAGCUGGAUUUAACCCUUGUUUCAUAAUUCAGUUUUUUCAUCAGUUUUUGUGUCUUUUUAAAAAUAAAACAUUAAAUUUACAACUUCGCAUUUUAUUUUGUAGAUCUCUGACCUUUAUAACAAUCUUGAACACAAAGAGAGAAAAAUACAGCAGCUAGCAGACACGAUUAAGAAGUGUGAGAGAGAUUUCAGGCAGUUUACACAGCUGUACGGUAAAAAUAGCAACUUACUGGCAAGCACUCAGGUAAUCCCACCCUCCUUCCUAACAGAGUUUCUGCUUCAAAGAAAACACAACAGUGUCUAUGUGGAGAUACUGCCUGCACUGUGCUAGAUUCAGCUUAAAAUGUGAGGUUUUCUGGCUCUGCUUAACCUGGACAUCAUUUCCAUUUUGUUUUCAUAGUUCAUUCGCGUGCUGAAAGCAAAAAUGGAUUCCCACCCCUCUGUGCUUUCAGAUUGCACAUGUGUGGUGACUGUCUCCUGCAUGCAUUGGGUGAAACCCACAUAACUGGGAUACAAAAUUGAAGUUUGCUUGCUCUUGAUAAAAAUGAUUAUUUAUGCAGCUCAAUAAGUGAGCAUAAACAUUGGAGACUUACUGCACAUUGUAUGCAGUAUUAUAUAUCAAAUGUAUUAUAUCGUAUGUUUUGCAGUCUAUGGUCCACCCAAUGAAAUGUUUUCUGAUUAGCAUAUAUUCAUUUUCCUGUGGGGAGAUGGACUGCAAACAAUGAAGUCAGAAAGAAAUGAAAUGCAGAAAAGUACAGUUUGGUAUAUGUAACUUGAGAAUUCCAUAAACCAACAAAAUAACAAGCAAGUGUAAAUCUCCAAGAACCUCUCAAUCUAAAUUUUAGCACUGGGGUGGAAAAAGGGCACUAGGAACAACCAUUUUGUUAAAGCUAUACCAUGGCAUGGUACUAAAGCAGAAGGUUAAAACUGUCACAACAGUUGAGAUUGCAGUGAGGAAGGAAGGAAAUAUCCUGAAACCGUUGGCAAAGAUCAUUGCUGCAGACAUAGCAUCAACCAUGAAAUGUGGGAGUAAACAAAGAGGACCAGGGGAUAGAAAACUAUUUGUGCAAGACAAAGCCAUUGGACUUUUUCGCCUCGCACAAUUGAGAUCGUGACGACAGACGAUUUAUGAUCCUAACUGAAAAGAAACCUUUGGAAAAACUCGGAGGAGGGAAAUGCAGUCAAUGAUAGACUUUAAUAAACAAUUUGUAAUACUAGUUUGUCGUCUUCAAUUUUAUUUUAAAAUUGCAUGUCUUCUCCCUUCUCUCUCAUCCCCAUAUCGCUAAAGACUUUGGCAAUUCACAUUGAUAAAUCUGCCUGCCUGGAAACACAAGUGAGACAGCUGGUGCAGAUGGCAAAUCAGCAGCAGAGUAAAUUCAGCCUGAGACCACUUCUGGAGACCAUUGAUAAUAUAAAGCAAAAGGUUGCUUUCCUGGAAUCAUACGAGCAGCGUUUAGGUAUAUUGGGGAUUCUUCUCUUCCUAAAGUGUUUUGGUGUUAUGGGGGUGGUAAGCUAGUUUAGUUUACUUAAGAUCUAAAAUUCUAAAAUGCCAUUGAGGGGAGUUGAGGCUUUUACAAGUUCAUUCAUGUACUUUUCUCAGCAAACCACAUGGCUACCUAGUGGCACACUGGUCUCCUGCUUUCCCUAUGUGUUCUCCUUUGGUUCUAGAGAGCCAAUGCUUGAAUGGUUAUUUUGCUGGUCUUUUUGGGGGAGGGGAGGUUAAGCAUGGAAGGGGUUGUGGUCUUCCUCUUUUAAGUUUUUUUUUACAAGAGGUUUGCAUGUCAAAGAGUUUAGAAUCCAAAUCCAUGUAUCCUACUAAAAACGGACAGACCACUGACUUCAGCGUUGCCCCCAAUCUGCAGAAAAAGUAGGUUGCAUCACAAGGAAUGGAGCUGUUAGUGCCAGACUCUGAACAGUUGCUCUGGAUCAGUGAUGGCCAAACUUAGCCCUCCAACUGUUUUGGGACUACAAUUCCCAUCAUCCCUGACCACUGGUCCUGUUAGCUAGGGAUGAUGGGAGUUGUAGUCCCAAAACAGCUGGAGGGCCAAGUUUGGCCCUCACUGCUCUAGAUAGUUAGAUGUUAAAUAUGUAAAAAUGAUGCCUAAUACAAACUCUGUAAGUGUCUGUAUGUAACCCUCUCUUAUCUCCCCACAUUUCUUUCUCUUAGUUGUUCUGGAAGACUUGUCCAACCAACAUGAUGUCCACCUCAGUAUCCACAGGGCACAACUUAACAAAAACGAAGAACGGUUUAAACUUCUAGAAGGGACAAGUUACAAUGGGAAACUGAUCUGGAAAAUUGUCGACUACAAGAUGAAGAAAAAAGAGGCUAUGGAAGGACUCUGUCCCUCUGUAGUCAGCCAGCCUUUUUACACCAGCCGCUGUGGGUACAGGUUGUCUGCCAGAGCAUACCUGAAUGGGGAUGGUUCAGGAAAGGGCACUCACGUUUCCUUGUACUUUGUAGUGAUGAAAGGGGAGUUUGAUUCAUUGUUACCGUGGCCUUUCAAGCAAAAGGUCACACUUAUGCUUCUGGACCAAAGUGGGAAGAAACAUCACAUAACAGAAACCUUUAAAGCCGACCCUCACAGCAGCAGCUUCAAGAGACCUGAAGGAGAGAUGAAUGUUGCCUCAGGGUGUCCUCGGUUUGUUGCACAUACUGUGCUCGAAAAUGCAAAGAAUACAUACAUCAGAGAUGAUACACUCUUCCUGAAAGUAGUGGUGGAUUUAACUGACCUCGAGGAAUUAUGAGAGAGCUUGGAAGAGAACUGUUAAAGGUGAUGGCUUGGUGAUUUAACUGGAUUGCUUUCAGACAACAGGAAAAAGCUGCUAUUCACUCUGCUGACCUACUUUUAUAUUCUUUUUUGAUAGCUUUGACUACUUCUUUGGUACUUUUUCAACUUGCAUUAAGAAAACUGGUCAAGUCUCUAAUGAGGUGAAUUUGAAGCAUAUAGCAAAACUUGGUAUUUGGGAGAGUUUUUUUAUGUCUGAAAAGCUCUUAACUGAGUCAUUAUUUAUCUCAGGAGACACAUUAUCAGGUGAUACUACAGCAGAAUAUUCCAAAACCCAAAUGCAGGUCCAUCAGUUCUUCUCACUCUGUUACAAGCAUUGCUAGAGGUGCUAUUCACUAGGGAAUGUUUGGGGCAUUUCACAAGUUUGCGGCAAACGAAAGAAUUCUAAUGUUAAUUUGGGCUGAAGGUUAGAUUGACACACUUCCCAUCUACCCCACUGACAGCCUGAUCCUAUGUAUUUUUGAAUUCAUUGGGGUUUGCUCUCAUGUAUAGAGAGGACUUAAAGGUAAAGGUAAAGGUACCCCUGCCCGUACGGGCCAGUCUUGCCAGACUCUAGGGUUGUGCGCUCAUCUCACUCUAUAGGCCGGGAGCCAGCGCUGUCCGCAGACACUUCCGGGUCACGUGGCCAGCGUGACAAGCUGCAUCUGGCAAGCCAGCGCAGCACACGGAACGCUGUUUACCUUCCCGCUGGUAAGCGGUCCCUAUUUAUCUACUUGCACCCGGAGGUGCUUUCAAACUGCUAGGUUGGCAGGCGCUGGGACCGAACGACGGGAGCGCACCCCGCCACGGGGAUUCGAACCGCUGACCUGACGAUCGGCAAGUCCUAGGCGCUGAGGUUUUACCCACAGUAAAACGCUUGAGAGCAUUUCUUUUAUACACACACACACACACACACACAUAUAUAUAUAUACAUAAAUAUAUAUAUAUACAUACAUACAUAUACACAUAUAUAUAUACACACACAAACACGUGAUUAUGUGCUUUAGAAUAGGCCCUAUUUCAUAAAAUGCAUGACUGUGGCAUCUUUUGAAAGCAAACCUAGUAUCUAGGAAGAUCCCUAGAUCCUGAUUUUAAAGCACUUCAGUUAGUUGAAAGUUUUCAAGUAGCAGUCCUGUGGCACUUCUAAGGUGAGUUCACAUGUGUGCGCAACACAAUCUGAUCACCCACAGUUUGAUAGCUCCUGUAAUGCCCGUUGUGAUAGGAGUUGAAUAGAAAGAACCAGUGCUUUUUUUCUUUUAAAAAAAAUGUUUAGGGGUACUCUCAUUUUGACUCAAGAAAAUCACUAUUUUAUAGUUCGGAUCGAAAAAAAUAAAUACAGUAAAUGGACAAAAGUACAAAGAUUCACAAAAUGUUUAGGGGUAUGCAUCCUCUCCUGCCACCCACUUUAUUAAUCUGCUUACUUCAGAUAUCAGAAUGAAUAGGGUGAUUGAACAGUUGCCUUUUAUUUUUUUAAUUGCAUGGAAUUUGGGUUCUCCGCAUAGAUGGAUUACAGCAAAUAACUCAGAAAAGCACUUUACAAAAGCUAUCCAAUUAUUUCUAUGUAAAUAUGGAUGUGAUGUUUUCCUGCAAAGGAGAGUCUUGAUAAACACAGAGAUUAAUAUAUUGAAACCAAAAGUCCAUGGUGGGUGUUUUGGGGGUGAAAUCAGCAAGAAUUAUGAGCACUGGACUUAUUUUCAUACAUAGGUGUGUGGCUGAAAUCAGAUAUACUUUGAAGUUGCCACAAGAAUGUUGUUUUAAUUCUCUUUCUGCUCCCUUCUUUCUAGUUGAUGUAAUUUGCCAUACUAGGGUGUUGUGAGGAUUUAUUGCAUUGAUGUUGUAGUUUUUUGAGCAUGAAAGGGUGGUGCUUUAAUAGAUAUAGUGUGAGGGAGUUUGAUGUUGAGUGUGUAGGUGUAUUUUCAAAACAACUUUGAAAGCAUGUUCAUUUUUGUCUAAACUGAAUUGCCAUCUUACAAGCACUGAAUUAUUUUUACUGUUUUUAACGACAGGUUGAAAUGCAAGUAAGGCUGUGAGUUUUUUCAGGGAUGUGAGAUCCAGCCCUGAGGCAUUACCAGGCACUUUGCAAUACUCUUUCCCCAUCCUCUCAGAAUGUAUUGCCUCUUGGCUCACUGCUUUUAAUAGCAUUGUCUACUAUUCUUGUUUCCUUACUAUGAUGGGGCUUGCAACCACAGCUGGAAUAGCAGGGUGACAAAGGAAGCAUUGUGGCAUAUACCUAGUGGGUUCCAAGUUCUGAAGGAUGGAAUUCUCUAGCCUGGGAUUUGCAGCCAUAUCACUGCCUUGUGUGUUAAUUUUUUUGUAAAGUUGACCACAUUUAUUAAAGAGGCUGUAAAGCUAAAAUUGCUUUCUUUCCUUUUUUUUUUUUUUUUAGAGAAAAGCAGUUUUCUAAUUCUUUUACUAAUGAGAAUUUGUAAGUCCUUCCCUUUUUUAAUACAGGAGAAAAUUUGCUUUAAAUAUUCCAUUUUAAUACCUGGGCCCCAUAAAGUUUACAUUUCUGUGCCAACUUGUUGAUAUGUUCUUAGAUAUGUUUGAUGUAUUUAUUGCUGUAGGUUUUUAACCUUUUGUUAUGAGUGGUUCACAUUUUUCAAUAAAUAUUAAAAAGCCAAUGGUUCUUAAACGACUCACCU